GCAACGUAAACGCGAGGAGAGGAUUUCAAAAUCAGUUUGUUCAAAAGUUUCAACUUUUUAGCACUUCUGAAAACAAAUCAUGCCGAAAAAGGGACUCAAGAGCUUAAAGGGCUGCAGUCCAUCUUGCUGCAGAAGAAAAAGUAACACUUUGAGCGAUGAAGAAUUUGAUGAUCUUCAGACAGUUGCUUUGACAAAUCGUGUGGUCGAGGAGACCGAGACAGAGGGACUGAUAAGGCAUCCUCAUGUCAGUACAGGAUCACUAUCCGAAGCCUCCCUUGUCAACAUUUCCCAGCGGGCACAUCCUGAGAGCCCAAAACAACAAAAACUAUCUAUUGGAAAUCGAGCAAAGGCCUACCUUCCUGAAGAAGUCAAUCUUUCAAGCGACGAAGAAACAGAAGAUCUCAAUCAGAAAUCGGUUCAUUUUGCAGUGUGUCAUGACCCGGAUGCCAAGGACACUCGUGAACAAUACAGAAGCACACCUGUAAAAGAUAAGCAACAUAAAUCCCAGCAAUACAACGAAGAACAUUUCUUUCUGAGUUCCAGUGAUUCGGAGAAUAUUGUGAAGAUCUCAUUAGCAGACUUGAAAACGUACGUUCACGAAUACGUUCGCAAAAUAGUGGAGUCAGCCUUAACAGCAGUGGCCAGGGAAGACUAUAUAGGAAGAAACGAAGAUAUACCGAGUCCCAGUGGUGUCAAAAUAACGGAGAAAGAAUGCGAUGAUGAUACAGAUGACGGGAUAGACGUAAGCAGCUCAGACGAAACCGAUUUGAUCAGCAGCAUGGUGGACGAUAUGCUUGCUGACAUCACCAAAGUUAUGACGUCAAAGCAACAAAAUCCGGAAACUCCAACGGAUGGCAGCGUUAGUGACGUAAGCACUGUGACAUCAGAAUCGGUUAGACAGAUAGAGAGCUUAUCAUCUCUUGAAUGGGACGGGUACGAGCCUCUGCUCAGAGAAGAGCCUUCGUUCAGUGAUGUCGCAACUCGUAUUCCAGCAACUGUUGUUUUUGUUAUGACAAAUAAAUUUUAA